UUCAGAUUCUUGUCGGAGAUAAAGUUGUCUUGAUGCCGGUUAACGCAGGACAACCGCUACACGCCAGCAACAUAGAGCUCUUAGAUAAUCCAGGAUGCAAGGAGGUCAACGCCGUGAAUUGCAACACCAGUUGGAAAAUCACCUUGUUCAUGAAAUUUAGUUGCUACAGAGAAGAUGUUCUUAAAGGGGGAGAUGUAGUCAGGUUGUUCCAUGCGGAACAGGAGAAGUUCCUGACCUGUGAUGAAUACCAGCAGAAGCAACACAUUUUCCUUCGCACAACUUUGAGGCAGUCGGCCACUUCGGCAACGAGUUCGAAAGCCCUGUGGGAAAUAGAGGUGGUGCAUCAUGACCCUUGCCGAGGUGGUGCAGGACAGUGGAACAGCCUGUUCAGAUUUAAACACCUGGCGACCGGAAACUAUUUGGCUGCUGAACUAAAUCCUCACUAUCCAGAUGGCUGCAAUGGGGAAAAGAUUCUGCAGAAAGACAACGAGCUUGUAACUCUGAAGAAGAAACGGCAAGCAGGAGAGAAGAUUAUGUACACCUUAGUCUCGGUUCCUCACGGAAAUGACAUCGCUUCUCUUUUUGAACUGGACGCGACCACCUUGCAACGGGCGGAUUGUCUGGUUCCAAGGAAUUCAUAUGUACGGCUGAGGCAUCUUUGCACCAACACUUGGGUCACCAGCACUAGCAUCCCAAUUGACAAGGAUGAAGAAAGGCCUGUUAUGUUAAAGAUUGGCACCUGUCAAACGAAGGAAGACAAAGAAGCCUUCGCCAUUGUGUCUGUCCCUCUCUCCGAGGUCAGAGACCUGGAUUUUGCAAAUGAUGCCAACAAGGUUUUAGCAUCAACGGUCAAAAAUUUGGAGAAUGGUUCAGUAACUCAAAAUGAAAGGAGGUUUGUCACAAAGCUCUUGGAAGACCUCAUUUUCUUUGUGGCUGAUGUGCACAACAAUGGUCAAGAGGUUUUGGAUGUGGUGGUGAUUAGACCCAAUCGAGAGAGGCAGAAAUUAAUGAGGGAACAAAAUAUAUUGGAACAGAUUUUUGGAAUAUUGAAAGCCCCAUUUAAAGAGAAGGCUGGCGAGGGCGCCAUGUUGAGAUUGGAAGACUUGGGAGACCAGAGAUACGCACCGUACAAAUACAUGCUUAGACUUUGCUACAGAAUCCUCCGUCAUUCUCAACAGGACUACAGGAAAAACCAGGAAUAUAUUGCUACCAAUUUCUGCAUCAUGCAAUCUCAAAUUGGCUAUGAUAUCUUGGCAGAAGAUACGAUCACAGCUUUGUUGCACAACAACAGGAAGCUGCUGGAGAAACAUAUCACAGCUAAAGAAAUCGAGACCUUUGUGAAUUUACUCAGGAGGAAUCGAGAGCCAAGGUUCUUGGAUUACCUCUCCGACCUGUGUGUUUCCAACACGGCUGCCAUUCCAGUCACCCAGGAACUCAUUUGUAAAUACAUGCUGAGUCCUGGAAACGCCGACAUCCUCAUUCAGACCAAGCUGGUUUCCAUGCAAAUGGACAACCCCUUGAAUUGCUCCUCCCUUUCGGAUGAUAUGGAAGAAGAAGAGGUGUGGCUGUACUGGAUCGACAGUAACAAGGAGCCCCAUGGGAAGGCCAUCCGUCAUCUUGCUCAGGAAGCGAAGGAGGGCACCAAAACUGAUUUAGAGGUCCUUACCUACUACAGGUAUCAACUCAAUCUCUUUGCAAGGAUGUGUUUGGACCGCCAGUAUUUGGCUAUAAAUCAGAUCUCCACCCAGCUCUCGGUGGAUUUGAUCUUACGGUGCAUGUCGGAUGAAAACCUACCUUAUGAAUUGCGAGCUUCUUUUUGUCGCUUAAUGCUACACAUGCACGUUGACCGAGACCCGCAAGAGACGGGGGUCCCUGUGAAAUACGCCAGGCUGUGGACGGAAAUUCCUACCAAGAUUACUAUCCAUGAGUAUGACUCCUUCACCGAUUCGUCCCGAAAUGACAUGAAGAGGAAAUUUGCUUUCACGAUGGAAUUUGUCGAAGAUUACUUGAAAGAAGUUGUCAACCAGCCUUUCCCUUUCGGGGACAAGGAGAAGAACAAGCUGACAUUUGAGGUGGUGCACCUGGCUCGCAAUCUCAUAUACUUUGGUUUUUAUAGUUUCAGUGAACUCCUCAGGCUGACCAGAACGCUAUUGGCUAUCCUCGAUAUUGUACAAGUGCCCUUGUCAUCCUACUUUGAAAGAUUAAGCAAAUUUCAGGACGGAGGAAACAAUGUCAUGAGAACCAUUCAUGGUGUGGGUGAGAUGAUGACUCAAAUGGUCCUCAGCAGAGGUUCUAUCUUUCCUGCCUCUUCACCUGAUAUCCCCCCAAUUGUCCACCGAAGCAAGCAAGCCAGCCUUUUGGAGAGCGAGGAUGUCACUGUGAUGGAUACCAAGUUAAAAAUUAUCGAGAUUUUACAGUUUAUUCUUAGCGUUCGCCUUGACUACCGGAUAUCCUACAUGCUGUCAAUUUACAAGAAGGAAUUUGGGGAGAGCAAUGAAAACGUUGACAAUUCCACAACGACCCCACCCGACUCACCAGCUCUCACCUCAGCUGCUGUUCCUGAUAUAGAUGAAAUUGCUGCAGAAGCAGAAACCAUGUUUGCUGGCAGGAAGGAAAAGAACGCCGUGCAACUGGACGAUGAAGGAGGAAGGACCUUUUUGCGAGUCCUGAUACAUCUCAUAAUGCAUGAUUACCCUCCUUUGCUCUCAGGAGCCCUGCAACUCUUGUUCAAACACUUCAGCCAGCGAGCAGAAGUGCUGCAAGCGUUUAAGCAGGUCCAAUUGCUGGUGUCUAACCAAGAUGUGGACAGUUACAAGCAGAUUAAAACGGACCUUGACCAACUAAGACUGACCGUAGAAAAAUCAGAACUUUGGGUCCAAAAAACCAGUAAUUAUGAAAACGGAACCUUGGGUGAAAGUCAAACAAAAGGAAGUGAUGAACCAAUCGAAGAUUCCAGCAUGUUGAGUCCAGUCCAAGAUGGCAGUAAGAAACCACAGAUCGAUACCAACAAGAGUAACAACUAUAAUAUAGUUAUGGAGAUUUUGAUCCGAUUACGAGGGCUCUGCAUUCAAAAUAAAAAAUGUCGAAAUCAGCAGCAGCGGUUGCUUAAAAAUAUGGGAGCCCACAGCGUUGUGUUGGAUCUCCUUCAAAUACCCUACGAAAAGACUGACCAAAAGAUGAAUGAAAUUAUGACCUUAGCUCACCUCUUCCUUCAGAACUUCUGUCGCGGGAAUCCUCAGAAUCAGAUCCUUCUCCAUAAACACCUCAACCUCUUCUUAACCCCUGGGCUUCUUGAGGCCGAAACCAUGAGGCACAUAUUCACCAACAAUUACCAUCUGUGCAACGAAAUUAGCGAGCGGGCGGUACAGCAUUUCGUCCACUGCAUCGAGACGCACGGCCGCCAUGUUGAAUAUCUGCGUUUUUUGCACACCAUUGUCAAAGCUGAUGGCAAAUACGUCAAGAAAUGUCAGGACAUGGUUAUGACAGAGCUGAUCAACGGAGGAGAAGAUGUCUUGGUGUUCUACAACGACAGAGCGUCUUUCCCGACCCUCCUUCACAUGAUGUGCUCUGAGCGAGACCGAGUAGACGAGAGCGGGCCUUUGGUGUAUCACAUCACUCUGGUGGAACUGCUGGCAGCCUGCACCGAGGGCAAAAAUGUCUACACCGAGAUCAAAUGUAAUUCUCUCCUCCCCUUGGAUGACAUCGUGCGAGUGGUGACGCAUGACGACUGCAUCCCUGAAAUCAAGAUUGCGUAUGUCAACUUUGUCAAUCACUGCUACGUGGAUACCGAAGUGGAAAUGAAGGAAAUAUACACCAGUAACCAUAUCUGGAAGCUGUUUGAGAAUUUUCUGGUGGACAUGGCAAGGGUUUGUAACACCAGUACAGAUAGAAAACAUGCCGAUUUAUCUCUUGAAAAAUAUGUCACCGAACCAGUAAUGAGUAUCGUGAGUGGCUUUUUCAGUUCUCCAUUUUCAGACAACAGCACGAGCCUCCAGACACAUCAACCGAUCUUCAUCCAGCUGCUACAGUCUGCCUUCAGGAUUUACAACUGCACUUGGCCAAACCCCGCUCAGAAGUCUUCCGUGGAAUCUUGCAUCAAAACUUUGGCCGAAGUCGCAAAGAAUCGUGGCAUUGCCAUCCCAGUGGACCUGGAUAGCCAGGUGAACACCUUGUUCAUGAAAAGCCACACCAACAUGAUCCAAAGAGCGGCCAUGGGUUGGCGAAUGUCCGCUCGGAGCGGCCCCCGCUUUAAAGAGCCCCUGGGAGGACCUUCCUGGGAUUAUAGGAACAUCAUUGAGAAACUCCAGGACGUGGUGGCCUCCUUGGAAGAGCAGUUCAAUCCUAUGAUGCAGGCUGAAUUUUCGGUGUUGGUGGAUGUCUUACACAGCCCUGAACUUCUCUUCCCCGAAGGGAGUGACGCUAGGAUAAGAUGUGGAGCCUUCAUGUCCAAGUUGAUCAACCAUACCAAACGGCUAAUGGAGAAGGAAGAAAAACUUUGCAUCAAAAUCCUGCAGACUUUGCGGGAAAUGCUGGACCAGAAAGAUAGCUUCGUUGAAGAGGGGAGCAACCUGCGGAAAAUACUUCUCAACCGCUAUUUUAAAGGAGACUACGGAGGGAGCAUCAACGGCCAUCUGUCUGGCAGCUACGCCAAACCCCUGCAGAGUGGAGGGACCUUCUCUGGACAAGAUGUGGACAAGUCCGGGGCGUCCAUGCAUGACAUUCAGUGUCUCUUGGAUAAAGAAGGGGCUUCAGAACUGGUCACCGAUGUCAUCGUUAGUACCAAAAAUGACCGGAUAUUCUCGGAAGCCAUCUUGCUUGGCAUUGCGUUGCUCGAAGGAGGAAACACUCAAAUCCAGUAUUCCUUUUAUCAACAAUUGAACGAGCGGAAAAAAUCCGAAAAGUUUUUCAAAGUUUUGUACGAUCGGAUGAAAGCGGCCCAGCUGGAAAUUCGAUCCACUGUGACCGUGAACACGAUUGAUCUGAGCAGCAAAAAGAAGGACGAGGAAACAGACUUGACUGUGUCAGCUCCAAAAAAGAGAGUUAGGGACUCCAACCUCCACCUGAAAGAAGGCAUGAAAGGACAACUGGCAGAAGCCUCCACUGCAACAUCCAAAGCUUACUGCGUGUACCGCAGAGAGAUGGAUCCGGAAACGGACCUCAUGGGUCCAGGGUCAGAGCCAGGGUGCACAGACGAAAAAACAUCCGAAGAAAUGACCAUGAGUCCGGCCAUUGUGAUCAUGCAACCCAUCCUGAGGUUUCUCCAACUGUUGUGUGAGAAUCACAAUCGAGAACUCCAGAACUUUUUAAGAAACCAGAACAACAAGACCAACUACAACCUAGUUUGCGAGACCCUUCAAUUCUUGGAUUGUAUCUGCGGAAGUACCACAGGCGGGCUAGGACUUCUGGGCCUAUACAUCAAAGAAAAAAAUGUAGCUUUGGUAAAUCAAACUCUUGAAAGUUUGACUGAGUACUGCCAAGGCCCCUGCCAUGAAAAUCAGACCUGCAUAGCCACCCAUGAAUCCAAUGGCAUCGACAUCAUCAUUGCGCUGAUCCUAAAUGAUAUCAACCCCCUUGGAAAAUAUCGGAUGGACCUAGUGCUGCAGUUGAAGAAUAACGCCUCGAAGCUUUUGCUCGCUAUCAUGGAAAGCAGGCAUGACAGCGAGAAUGCAGAGAGAGUCCUUUUCAACAUGAGACCCAAAGAGCUCGUGGACGUCAUGAAGAAUGCAUAUAACCAGGGUCUUGACUGCGAUCAAGAAGAGGAGAAUGGAGAUGACAAUAUUUCGCCAAAAGAUGUUGGGCAUAAUAUCUAUAUUUUAGCUCACCAGUUGUCCCGUCAUAAUAAAGCAUUACAACACAUGCUGAAACCUGGGGCAGAUCUAGAAGAAGGAGAUGAAGCGUUGAAGUAUUAUGCCAACCACACCGCCCAGAUUGAGAUUGUCCGCCAUGACAGAACCAUGGAGCAAAUAGUAUUUCCCGUGCCAAACGUUUGUGAAUUCCUCACUCAUGAGUCAAAAUGCCGCGUCUUUAAUACCACGGAAAGAGAUGAACAAGGAAGCAAAGUCAACGACUUUUUUCAACAGACCGAGGAUCUGUAUAAUGAAAUGAAGUGGCAGAGGAAAAUUAGGAAUAAUCCGGCGUUAUUUUGGUUCUCUCGGCAAAUUUCUCUUUGGGGAAGCAUCUCCUUCAAUCUGGCUGUUUUCAUCAAUCUGGCUGUGGCCCUCUUCUACCCGUUUGGCGAUGAUGGAGACGAAGGCACGCUUUCUCCGUUAUUUUCCAUUCUGCUUUGGAUCGCUGUGGCCGUCUGCACGUCCCUCCUUUUCUUUUUCCCAAAACCUGUUGGAAUCCGCCCAUUUUUGGUCUCUGUCAUUCUCAGGUCUAUAUAUACCAUUGGUCUCGGGCCCACCCUGAUCCUUCUGGGUGCCGCUAACCUUUGUAACAAGAUUGUAUUUUUGGUGAGCUUCGUCGGCAACCGUGGGACCUUCACACGUGGCUACCGAGCUGUCAUUAUGGAUAUGGCUUUUCUCUAUCACGUGGCUUAUGUUCUGGUCUGCAUGUUGGGCCUCUGUGUGCAUGAAUUUUUUUACAGCUUCUUGUUAUUUGACUUGGUGUACCGCGAGGAGACCUUGCUGAACGUCAUCAAAAGCGUCACGCGGAACGGGAGGUCCAUCAUUCUGACGGCUGUCCUAGCUCUCAUCCUGGUCUACCUCUUCUCCAUCGUUGGCUUCUUGUUUCUAAAGGAUGACUUCAUAAUGGACGUGGAAAGGUUGAAAAAUAAAACAUCCCUUACAGACAGCGGAACCGUCUCUACAACAAGCUUAACAACGAUGGUGGAAACGUGUUCAAGGGAGAACUGCACAGUUCCAACUCUCAAACCAGGUGAAGACGGCGAGGAAGAUGGGAUCGAGAGGACCUGCGACACUUUGCUGAUGUGUAUCGUGACCGUGUUGAACCAGGGGCUGAGGAACGGUGGAGGAGUCGGUGACGUCCUUCGGAAGCCAUCCAAAGACGAGCCGCUGUUUGCCGCUCGGGUGGUUUACGAUCUCCUGUUUUAUUUCAUCGUCAUCAUUAUUGUGCUGAACCUCAUUUUCGGAGUCAUCAUCGAUACGUUUGCGGAUCUCAGAAGCGAAAAGCAGAAGAAAGAAGAGAUCUUGAAGACGACCUGCUUCAUCUGCGGCCUUGAGCGAGACAAAUUUGACAACAAGACGGUUUCAUUUGAGGAACACAUCAAGUCGGAACACAACAUGUGGCACUAUCUUUAUUUUAUUGUUCUGGUCAGAGUGAAAGAUCCAACGGAAUACACCGGACCAGAAAGUUAUGUGGCCCAAAUGAUUGCGGAAAAGAAUUUAGAGUGGUUUCCUCGGAUGAGAGCCAUGUCCUUGGUCAGCAACGAGGGGGACAAUGAACAGAACGAAAUCAGGAACCUGCAAGAAAGGUUGGAGACCACCAUGGCUUUGGUCAAGCAACUUUCCGGCCAACUCGCGGAGCUGAAAGAACAGAUGACAGAACAAAGGAAAAACAAACAGAGGCUGGGCUUUUUGGGCUCCAACGCUCCCCACGUGAACCACCACACUUCCCCGCACUGAUAACACACACACCGAUUGUGACACAGCCUUUCAUCCCUGGAUCACAAGGCAGAAGAGCUGAGGUUGGAAGGACUGAAUGGAGCUCAUUGUUUCCCUAGUUUUUCCGGACGGAGUGCCAAAAAUGCUAAGUGGUUUUGCUCCCGGGAACAAGCUGUAACUGCGUUUUUUUGGUUGAAAAUGGGCCAGAGGAGGGGGGGAUUAACUCCCCCCUUAUAGAUCAUGCAAAACAGGCCUUAAAUCUUCAUUUUCGCUCAAAAAAAAACAACAAGGGAGGGUCUCCAUGGAUGCUCUCAGUUUUCAGCCGAGAUUUUUUUUUUCUUUCCUUUUUUUUUUAAAAAAAAUCUGUUUUUCUCUCCAGAAGUCAUCAGGGAAGUAAGCCAAAAUCGGUUCAGGUGUUUGGAUGCCCUUCUAAGAAACUUUCUAACUCCGGCAAACUUUCUAACUCGGGCCAUUGCCGGGGACGACAACAUGCAGCCGGCUAAACGCCCGUUUGUCACAUUUUGCAGGGUUCGACAACCCUUUGUCGUGUUUGUGCGGGGCGGUUGUGCUCUUCCGACAAUCCAAGCGAUGUCAAUAACGCUCCGCAUAAUCCAUUCGCCUUCAAGGAUGACGUCUCCUUCGUCUGCCGUUGAUCAUAUUUUUUGCUUUUUAAAGAAGACCGACUCAAACUUUGGAAGCGUUUUUGCCGUCUUGCCGUACGAUUCCUAAAAUCCGCUGUGGCAAAUCCGCAGUUUUAAAAAUUCUUGGCGUUUAGGAAUGUAGCUUCCCCCAAAAUAGAACACUCGAUUCAACAAGAGAAUCGUAUCGAAUGGAUAUCAUUCCUUCUGGAUUUCGCUCCUGUACUCUACAAAAGGUGGCAGCAACUGGAAAUCUCAAAUAAUGGCCUCGAAUCUGGAGUUAAAAACUGAGAAUGAGGUUAAGGAGAGUAACAUUUCUUUCAUAAACCUUUACUAUCAAAGAUUAAAUUCAGGAGGGCAAACGGGCUGGAAAUAUCUGUGCGGCAGAUUGCAAAGGGAUUUCAAGUGGAUCCUUCUUGUUUACACUAAAAUUUGACUUUGAUGCUUCUUCCUUCUCCAUUUCUGAUCAAGAUCUUCUUCCAAAUUAUUCGGUAGAGCAAACGCUGUUGCUCUUCCGAGAGAGAAAUAUACUCAUUAUUCUACCCAGUGAUUCUAUUCAGUCUAUUCUCCCUUGUAGAAGAGAGAACAUAUCUUAACAUCAGGUAGUCCUCGACUUAGAACAGUUCCUUUAGCGACCAUUGCAAGUCACAACGGCACUGACAGAAGUGACUUACGACCGUUUUUCACACUUUACGGCCGUUGCCACCUCUCCAUGGUCCCGUGAUCAAAAUUCAAACACAACCUUACAUAUUUCUGACGGUUGGAGUUUCCCGGGAUCAUGUAACACCGCUUUCGUGACCUUCUGACCAGCAAAGUCAAGGGGGGAAAUCCGGCUUCCCUUAAUGACCACUUUACUCACUUAACAAAUGCAAUGAUUCACUUAACGGUGGUGGCAAGAAAAGUCGUAACCUCGCUGCACGAACGUUUCACUUAGCAACGUCAACACUGGGCUCAAUUGUGGUCGUAAGGCGAGGAGUACCUGCACUCACAACCAUGAUUCAACGUUGUAGUUUUUACUGAGUUUAUCUCAGAGGGAGGAUUUCAUUCCUGAAUCCGGGUGUUGCAAAAAAUCUUCAGUGAACGCUGGGUCGACUCGUAGCAGUAAUUUUAUUGCCGUAAAGUGUCUUCCAGAAUUUUUGCAGGUCAGCCAUAGAUUAUUUUCCUGGAAAACAACUAAGCCUGAAAGAGCUUAGAGAGCUUACCUAACUUCCAUCAACUGGAAUGAAAUGCAUUCUUUUAACAUUAAAUGUUGGUAAAUCUG